AUGCUCUCUUCGGCUGCAUUCCUUAGCAGCCCAUUACUCCUCCCAUCCACAGAAUGGUCAGACUAUUGCCGCCUCAUCACCAUCGGCCUUAGCUUCUCCCUAAUCGGUGACUUCUGUCUCAUUCCUUCGCGACGUGAAUUCCAUGGCCUGGACAGCAAAACCCCAACUGGCAAACCAGAAGCGCAAGGGAAAGUAUCGAUAUCGUUCCAACUCGGUAUCGUCGCCUUUGCGGCAGCUCAUAUAGCCUAUACUAUGGCCUUCCUACAGGAGUCCCACGAAAUCUCCUGGCCGACUUUUGCCGCUACGCUCGUGGGCACUCUAGGCGCUGCAAAAUGGUUAGGUGUUAUAUAUCCACCGCCGACUUUCUCACUUCAGACCAAUGUAUUGGAUCUUGGUAUUGCUCCGGAUAUGAAGCCUUUGGUUUCGGUUUAUGCGCUUAUCAUCGGCGUGAUGUUUGCUGCUGCUACGUCCACGUCCCCGGUUGUCCCUGCCGACUGGUUGCAUUCGCGAGGCCUGGGAGCUGUGAUGUUUGUCGUAAGCGACCUUUUUGUUGCGAAGAAUGCGUUCGGGAAAUCGUCGGCGGCGAGGAACCGUGGGUGUCUCAGCAUUUUUGUGGGUUAUGCGCUUUAUUUCUGGGCGCAAAUGGUGAUCGCUGGAACAGUGGUGGCCUAA